CGUCCCACAUAACCACUAUAUAAAUGCAUGCAUGCCCUCUUUAUCUUCAAGUCACCGUUCACUAGCUAUACUAAAUUGUUCUCUUCUCGAAUCUUACAAAUCUCCUCUCUGGAUAUUGAAAUCGAUAUUCCUUCUACAUGAUGUCCUCUACCCAAGUUACUCUGCUGGCUUUGGCGCUUCUCGUGUCGGUGAUUUUCCUCUUCCAUGUCACCGAUGCUCAGAAAGUGGAUGGCUCUAAGGAAGCAGCUUCUCCUGUACCAGUGAUAAAGCCCAUAGAUUGUGGGGAGGCUUGUGCUGGAAGGUGUAAAUUGUCGUCGAGGCCGAACCUUUGCAAAAGAGCAUGCGGAAGUUGCUGUGCAAAGUGCAGCUGCGUUCCCCCUGGCACUGCAGGCAACUACGAGGCGUGCCCGUGCUACGCUAGUCUUACAACCCAUAAAUUCAUCCGCAAGUGCCCUUAAAAUUUGGUCUUCGCGUAUUCCAACUUAGCGGGGCUUGUGCUACACAUAUAUUGGGAGUUUCAGUAUUGACGGUAUCUUCUUAUAUAUAUGAUCGUGUGUUCUCUGCACAACUUUGUGGUUUAUGUAAUUUUUUCGCGAAUUUUAUGUAAUUAUUCUGUUUUCAAUUGUUUGAGCCUUACUUCCUAAUCAUGUUCAGCUACAUAGGGAUUUGAUUUAAAGUUGAUGAAAGAUUGGAGGCGUCGUUUAAAAGUUUAAA